ACAUAAUCCACGCCUUCACUUUUCUAUAUUUUAUUAUUCUAACGAUGAGCAUCAAAACCAGGAUGUCGAAAGUCACGUGGGUCCGCGCUGGAGGAAUGAGCCUGUGAACGCGCAGCUGUUGGUGCAGUUGACUGUUACGAGCCUACAUACUUUGUAUAACUUGUCUCUAGUACACGGUGGAGUUAUUUAUAUACCGGAAUUUAUUGAUUUCCUUUUUUUAUUUUUUAUUUGUCAAAUCAUCACCGGGUGGAGCAAAGGGGACGGUGAGGAUGACCUGGAGCUGCGGAUUGCUUCCCAUUCACAAGCGUCACACAUCCAAGAUGAAUUCUAAAGUGGGCGUGCUCAUUUUCCUGCUGUGCGUGACUGGCAUCUGUGUGUUUUGGAGAGGAGACGUCUCAUCGUACUUCGCGCCUCGGGAGGAAAGACCCUGGGCUUGUUCAUCUGAAGAUGAGCCGUUGUUCAUGCAGCGUUUUAGCAAAUUUGCUGAACCGUUUUUGUCCGUAAACAACAAUCUCUCAGAGGAUAAUUUCAACUGGUGGAAGCGCUUACAGGCUGAAAGCCGUAGCUUCAAUGCCUACAAAGAAACGGUGAGCAAGAUGUUUCAGAUGAUCCCGACCAGCGCUGAAGAUGAAGCAUCCAGCCCCGACCGCUGCAGGUCUUGUGCUGUGGUGGGCAAUUCUGUUAAUUUGAAGAAAUCCCAUUACGGACCUCUCAUAGAUUUCCAGGACGUCGUUAUAAGGAUGAACAGAGGUCCUACCAAAGGCUAUGAAGCAGAUGUUGGGACCAGAACAACUCAUCAUGUCAUGUAUCCAGAGAGUGCUGUGAAUUUAGAGAACAACACACACCUUGUGCUCUUUGCAUUUAAGAUACUGGAUCUUGAGUGGGUUACGAAGGCCCUCAGCACAGGGUUUUCUGGAAGCUCAUAUGCGCCAAUUGCAUCAAACAUCAAAGCCAACAAGGAUUUGGUGAUGGUCCUUGAUCCAGCUUUCAUGAGGUAUGUUCAUGAAGAGUGGCUGCAGAAGAAGGGCGUCUAUCCAUCCACUGGCUUCAUGGCUUUGGUUCUUGCUCUGCACAUUUGUGACGAGGUCCAUGUGUUCGGUUAUGGAGCAGACAGUGAUGGAAACUGGAGUCAUUACUGGGAAGAACUCAGAAACAAAAAAUUAAAAACUGGAGGGCAUCCUGGAGAUGUAGAGUAUGCAAAGAUCAAGGAGCUUGAUCAGAAUCAAAUAAUCAAGUUUUAUAGGGGUGGUUAACGUUCUCUCAGCAUUUAACGUAUUUAAGCCUCGAUAUUGAAUCACAUCCAGAGCAAAACAAGACUCAGAAGCCUUCAAGAGACGUCUCUUCUCAGACUCACCACCGAGCUGCACACGUUAACCCAACAGCUGUUCUAUUCUGCUGCCUCCGUGUUUUUCUCUGUGAACAUUAAUGAAGUAGUGAGUUCAGGGAAAAUGAAUGUAAAUAAAUCCAAUGUGAAUUUAAUUUUGAAUAUGAGAGCUUUUUACAAAACACAGAAUUCCUUUGCAAAACAUGUUGCAACAUAUAAAGUUAUAACCAUAAAAGAUGCAGAAAAACUGGCUCACGCGCUUGUUACUUCUAGACUAGAUUACUGCAACUCCUAUCCAGCGCUCACAAGUUACUUUUCAGAUUAAAAUUGUAUGAACAAAACAUAUGGAUGAAGAAGAAAAAAAACUAUGCAUCAUGCUUUGUACAUAAUACACAAUAUAAAAAUAA